AUGGGCUGGAGGAUGCGAGGGCCCGGCCGCGCCGCCGCCACAAUCGGGCUCUGGCUCUUGGCACUCGGUACGCUCCUGGCGCUGUGGACCGGGCUCGUGCAGCGGGCGGAGCAGCGCCCCUUCCCCGGGCCGGGGCUUCUGCGCCCUGGGCGGAGCAGCGAAGAUCGAGCGGCGUCGCCGGCUCUGCUCCUCCCCCGUCUACGGCUGGGGGACGCCGGCGGCGGCCCCGCAAAAACUUUCAGGGCGCUGCUCACCGUGCCGGCCGCCGGGGAGAGCCCGCCCCAGCACCUCCGGGAACCGGUGGAGCGCAGGCAGCCGGGGCACGUGGAAGAGCCCCGGCGGGGCGGCCCAGCGGCCGUACAGGGGGGAAUCUUCUGGAGCCGGGGCCUAGAGGAGCAGGUGCCCCGCGGCUUCUCAGAGGGGCAGGCGGCAUCCUGGCUGGAGGCGGCGCGAGGUGCCCGGGUAGUGGCCCUGGAGCGCGGGGGCUGCGGACGCAGCUCCAACCGGCUGGCCCGCUUCGCCGACGGCACCCGCGCCUGCGUGCGCUACGGCAUCAACCCAGAGCAGAUCCAGGGCGAGGCCCUGUCCUACUACCUAGCCCGGCUGCUGGGCCUCCAGCGCCACGUGCCCCCGCUGGCGCUGGCACGGGUGGAGCCGCGGGGCGCGCAGUGGGCGCAGGUGCAGGACGAGCUGCGCAGCGCGCACUGGGCCGAGGGCAGCGUGGUGAGCCUGACCCGCUGGCUGCCCAACCUCACCGACGUGGUGGCCCCAGCGCCCUGGCGCUCGGAGGACGGGCGCCUGCGGCCCCUGCGCGGCGGCGGGGGCGAACUGGCCAACCGCAGCGAGCCCGAGCUGGUGGAGCUGGUGCAGUGGACCGACCUGAUCCUCUUCGACUACCUGACGGCCAACUUCGACCGCCUGGUCAGCAACCUCUUCAGCCUCCAGUGGGACCCGAGGGUCAUGCAGCGCGCCACCAGCAACCUGCACCGCGGCCCCGGAGGAGGGUUAGUCUUCAUAGACAACGAGGCGGGCCUGGUGCACGGCUACCGGGUGGCGGGCAUGUGGGACAAGUACAACGAGCCGCUGCUCAAGUCGGUGUGCGUCUUCCGCCAGCGCACCGCCCAGCUGGUCCUGGAGCUGCACCGGGGCCAGGACGCCGCCGCGCGGCUCCUGCGCCUGUAUCGGCGGCACGAGCCGCGCUUCCCGGAGCUGGGCGCCCUGGCCGAGCCCCACGCGCAGCUGCUGCAGCGCCGCCUCGACUUCCUUUCCAAACACAUUUUGCACUGCAAGGCCAAGUACGGCGGACUGUGACUUGGGACCGGAGCUGUGGGGGGGGGGGGUGGGCGGGGGGAGGAGGGGAUGGAAAGACGUAGGACAGCUGCACUUUGGAGGGCGGGUUGGACGGUCAGCUCUUCCCUCAUCUGUCCGGGAGUCGUUGAGCCAACGCCCACUGAGUGACCCGAGCCAGAAGGCUUUCAAAGAUCUCUCCCAUUCAAACUUCCCCUCUCUCUCUCUCUCUCUCUCUCUCUCUCUCCCCCUCUCCUCUCCCCCUCUCUCCCUGCCUUCUCCUCCUCUCCUUCCCUUCCACACUAUCUCCUUUAAAAGUUCUGUAGGAGUGGACUGUGGCUAAAAGCCUUCUUUUCACCUUCUCCCUUCUCCAUUCAGGACCUUUCGAUGUGCCUGGAUGUUGUUUCCCAUCUGCGGAUGGGGAUUAGCCACUGAGUCUGGGGGUCGCGAUUGUCCUCCCCUUAACUUGGGAGGAUGAAGUCCCGAAGGGCUCCAUUUGGGUGAAGGGGAUUUGUAUUUGUUUUGUUUUUCUUCUGCCCCUCCCCACCCUUUACCAAUAAAGUAGGGGGACGGAGGGUGGGUUGCAUCCCAAAUCGAAUUCCGUCAUUCACCUACCACGAAGCAGGCGCUUUCUACUGGUCUCUGGAGUAACAGACAUGCCAUUACAAGAUGCAGUUCUGUUCAUGUGUGCAUUCUUUGUUCUAAGGAUGUAACCGCUGUUAAUGGCAAGGCUAAGCGGAUAUGGAGACCAGAGAUGCCAGUAACUCAGAACAGCCCUCGAAAGCCUCCCGAACAGAUUCCACUCCUUCCACUCAUUUGUUAAACUGUCAUUUGGCCCGAAAACGAUGAUAUGGAAUGGACUGGAUAAACCCAAUCAAAGAUAAUGGAUUAUCCUCCCUCUUGACCCCCACCCCUCUUACCCCCAACAAACCUGCCCCGACGUUGACAGUGAUCAGUCUCAAAGAAAAGAAAAAGGGGGAGGGAGGAGAAAAUCCAGUUUCAUGCACUUUACUUUGCUUUUUUUUUAAUUUUUUAUUAAAAAUAAUUUUUUAAUUUGUCAGAAUCUGCCUUCUCUGUAUAUAUGUGCAUAAACUGUUGUGUAAAUAUACUAAACAAACUUAUAUUUCAAUAAAAGGGGAUUUAAAGUUUA